AAACUAAAAAAAAAAAAUAAAAAAAAAAAAAAAAAAUCUUUUUUUUUUUUGCCUUCUUCAACUAAAGAAGCGACUAAUUCCCAGUUAAUAUUCACCCUUUGAACACAACACCACCACCUCCCUUCACUCUCAUCACAGUGGCAUUCAGCGAAACCGAUCAUAAUAGGUAAAUCACCAACAUAUAUCGCACACCUCUUUUCCCUGUCGAUGUCCUAAUAAUAUCCCUCAUACUCGAAAAAUCCUCUCCCCAAUCACACACACCCAAGGAAAGAAAAACAUUCAGGAAGGAAACUCGAAUUACUUUGAAAAGCGCAUCGUCCAUUCGCUCUCACAUCUCCUCCAUAUUCCCCUUACAAAAAAAACCCAUCUAGCAGUCUCGGAACCAUAUUGGGGUUGGAAUCAGAGUCCAAGGAUUUUUUCUUCCCCCGCGGUUCGGUUCGUUUUGCGGAGGAGAGGAGGGACUGGCGACGUCAUACGUUGAAUCCGCUUGUCGAUGUCGAAAAGAGCAGCCCAGGUUCAGGGUGGAAAGGAACUUGCAGGUGGUUUCGGAAACGAGAUGUCUGCGAAUUCAGCUGAUACGCCCAAGCGGGCUACGGCCGCGCAGUUGGCUAGUAGAAAAAUCAAGCAGGCUCGGCAACGUACUCGCAUAGCCUCACCAAACUCUGCGUCUUCUACCUCACAAUCAUUUACCAGUCCUUUCAGCGCUAUCGACCCGAACAUUGUUCCCCCUACCUCCUCGACUCCGACAAACGGCUUUAGCUUUGGUCAGGCUCAGAGCUUCCCUCAGACGGGCCCGGGCACUAGUACAACAACAACUCCACAAUCUUCUUUCUUUGGCGACCAAAACAACUCGGGCCCCAAGGUGUUUGGUAGCCAGGCAGGUUCUGCACCAUCAUCAUUCAGUUUCACACCAUCAACGACUCAGGAAAUAAAGAAUCCUUUCGCUAGUAUGUCCUCCGGGUUUGGUCAGAGCCAGGGAUCAACGGGAGGUUUCCAGGGCUUCCAGGGUAAUACCUUCAAUAUUCCUGGGACUGCUACAAACCAGGACGCCCAGAACAAAGCUGGUCAGCAAGCGCCAACGGGUGGAAUGUUUGGAUCUUCUCAGCCACCACAGCAGACCCCUUUCACAUUUGGGGCCACUUCCGCGCCCAAAAGUGCUUCGCUCUUUUCGGCCGCACCUCCCGUUUCUACCCCAACAUCAACAUCUGCCCCUAUUUUCGGCCAGUCAACUGGAGGUACCAUUUUUGGCGCAUCGACACCGUCGACACCGUCGACACCGUCCACAAAUAUAUUCGGUGCUUCUUCUCAAGCUAAUAAGCCAAGUGACGAGAUGCAAAUGUCACCGCCUGCCAAAAGUAACGGCACUGGUGAAAAUAGGGCCAAUCAAUUUAGUAUUUCGCAGCCAUCAUUUACUUCCUCAACAACUCAGCCGUCUAUAUUUGAGACAUCCGCCUUCAAACCCGCCGCACCUGCUACGUCAUCUACUUCACAACCAUUCUCGUCCAUUUUCAUCACGACACCAUCCAGCGGCACAACUCUCUUUGGAGCCAUGAAAAAGCCUGAUGAGACUCCAAAACCCACUUCUUCCUCAACUGCGCCUGCGACAUUCUCAUUUACCCCUUCCACUGCUCCUGGUAGCUCAAUAUUUGGACAGGCGAGUAAGCCUGAGGACCAAGCAGCAACCGCAAUCACCACAACUUCGUCAGGAGCGUCAUUUUCUACUUCUUUCCCGGUUCCGGCUCCGGCGCCCGCUCCCUUCAGCCUUUUUGGUACCACUGCGAAGCCCAAGGAGCCGUCAUCAGCGCCAUCUGCAACUGAAGAUAAAGUUUCGUCAACUAAAUCCGCAGUUCCAGAGCCUCCUACCACCCCUGGAGCUUCAUUGUUUGGACAGAUUGCAAAGCCGCCGGAAGAACCCCAAGCGUCGUCUACGCCUACGCCAGAAGCCGAAAAACUACCGACAGAAAGCCCAUCCAUUGCUCCAGCUGCGACUCCAUCUGCCAGCCCUUUUCCAUCUACACCUAGCGGCGGUACUUCAUUAUUUGGCCGUGCUAGCAAACCUGCCGAAACUAUCCAACCCACCUCUAUUUUCAACACCCCAGCUACUAGCACGACUCCCAGUGCACCCACCUUCUCAUUUACUCCAUCAUCGACUAGUAUUUUCCAGACUCCAAAAAGCGCUUUAGCAACUUCCGAUGGAGAGAAGACAAAGGAAGCUGCCCAAAGUGCUACAGGCCUAUUUCAAACAAAGGCCGCAACUGACACCACGCCAAGCGGUACCAGCAAGCCGUUUACGUCUUUGUCACAAGCUCAACAACCACCUAGCAGUUUAUUUGGAUCCACUCCAUCACCAUCUCUAUUUAAAACCUCAGCUGGUCCAGAAAAGGCCCCAUCAACACCUCAAGCGAGCUCCACUUCUCCUCCUGAAAAGUUCACUCCAAAGCCUCUCUUUUCUGAAAUUUCCAAUGGUGUAGCCGGAACCACCAAGGCGAUGGACACAUCUCCAACGAAAGCACCAGCUCCUCUGAAGAGAAAAGAACCUUUGGUCCCUAAAUCCCGACUUGCUUCAUACGGCCCUCCGGCGAUCCCACGAGAACUUAACAACGAUGAACGAGCGGAAUUCGACACCGAGUGGCGGUUGAACGCAUUGAAUGCUUCCUUCCAGAAGCGUGUCGCAGAAGCGGACCCCAAGUCGGACGAUAUUGAUGUCUUGGUCGAAUUCUAUGUGAGAUUGCGUGAAAAUAUCGGCGUUCCGAUGGGAUUGGCUGUGGUCCCUAAGACAGGAAAGAAGCGGAAAGCAGUUGAGGAAGAUGGACAUGUUGCAGAAGAUUUCUCACAUAAUAAGCGUACUAAGGGUCUCCCCACUUUCACGAGUCAGCAUAAAACGGACGCCGCAUCGGUCUCCUCAUCCCCCGCUGCUGUGGGUGGUAGCAGUUUAUUUGGCGAGAAAUCUACAAGUGCAAGUGCUAAUUUUUCUUCAACUGCUUCUCCAUCCGGAAAGCGCAAGAUGACUUGCAUUGAAGACGACGCUAGCAGCCGCAGCGAACCUGGCAAUGUCAGUGGGAAAAGACGCAAAUCCACUGGUGAAUCUACGGCCGGAGCGAGCCCACUUCAGAAAUCCAGUACCAACAGUGAGAAGAAGAAAGGUAAUAAUGGCCAUACUAGUUCCGGUUCUGGUGUGAGUGCAGCUUCUGAUACCGUGACAAUGUUUGCGACAUCAUUUGUAUCCCAAUCACAAAGGGGAAAUAGUCCCGUGAGAUUCACGGCCCCGUUUUCGUCUCUCUCUUCCACACAGGACAGUGCUGAGGGGACUGCUGCUUCCUCUGGUUCAUUGCAGGGAUCUGAGAGCGAGAACGAUACUGAAAGCAAUGCUUCGGCGGGGGAAGACGAUGGAGAAGGCGAAGAAGAAGAAGGAGAAUCUGAGUCUUCCGCGACGCCACCGCCUACGACCAAUGGUGGGCGCAGUCUAUUUGACAGAGUAGAGCUAGAUCAGAGUGGCAAGCCAGUGCGUCAGGAUGUGCUGGAAGCGGAGGACAAGGUCGCGAUUCCGAGCCCUGGAGAAAAAGAUUCAAAUUCGGCCGUUUCAUCGUUAUUCGCUGGAUCUAAAUUUGCUUCCUCGUUCAACUCACCAGCGUCCAUUGGCACCCCGCAGUUCUCAAACGGAUUCGACUUCAAAUCCCCAGGAGCUCUAUCUCCAACAAAUGCUAGCCCGGAAGCCUCAGACGCGAACUCCCCACCUGUCAUACUUGCCAGUAGCGCAGGCACAUCCACACCCACUGCUCCCGUCGCUUCAGCAACCACCUCGUCCCUCUUCUCAAAGGCGACUAGCUCUCUCCUACCCAACGGCAGCGCCCAACUCUCUCCCUUCCCACUCUCUGCCGGCACAUCCGCCGACGUCAGCCGCGCUACAACCCCCAACCUCUCCGAAGCAGGCGCCGAGGAACCGGAGGAAUCCACCGAGGAACUUCCUCAAGUUGACUUACUCCGCGGGGGCACGGGCGAAGAGGACGAAGACGAAGUCUUCGAAGCUCGCGCCAAAACCCUGAAGCUAGGUGUUCCGCCGGACGCCGAUGAUGAAACGCCGAAAUGGCUGUUACAAGGGGUGGGACUGCUGCGUAUCCUGAAGAAUAAGACGACAGGGCGAUCGCGUAUAUUGGUUCGCGCGGAUCCGAGCGGGCGAGUACUGCUUAAUACGAACCUUGUGGCGGCAAUUAACUAUAAGAGUGUGGGCAGUGCGGUUCGGUUUCUAGUACCGCGGGAGCCGAAGCCGGAGAAUUGGAUCGCGAUGGUUAAGAAGGAGGAUAUUGCGGUGGAGCUUGCUAAGGUUAUGGAGAAGUAUAAGACAUGAAUAGGUGGAUGAAUUAUGUUGCAAGUGAGGUUAAAAACGAGGGUUUGGCAGAGCAUUUUCAGAUGCUGUAACCCUGGUUACCCGGUUUGGUUCAUAAAUUAUACGUUUGUUAGGGCUAGGUUGGAUGGAGUGGGAUGAGAAAGAAAUGAAAGAAGAAAGAAAGAAAGAUGGUAUGGUAUGAUGAGGGAGCAUGGAAUUGGGAAAAUGUUUAUAAAUGAGGGCCGAGGGUCCGGUCUUGUUUUCAUGUUUGGAAACAGGUGCGGAUGUGGAUGUGGUUUGCUCAUUUCUUGUCUGUUCAUUUUUUUUACUUCAUUCCUUCCACCCUUUCAAAGGCCCGUCAAAACACACUCACAACCUGGCGUUAUUAUUAACUCUUGUCUUGUCUUUCCUCUCUUGAUAUUUGUCUCUUCUUUUCCCUCUUGUCUAUCAUACUCCAAAUUUUCGAUAUAUCUCCCUGUUUUGCUCUUACUUUGUUUAUUAUUCAUAUUCAUUUUCUUUGCCAUCAUGGUUUCUACUCUCUUGUCUGCUUCUUACAACAUAGCAAUAUUUUUCUGUUCCCUUCUUUCUACUUCCUCGUUCCCCUUGGCGAAUAUCUAUUCUAUUCUAUUCUAUUCCAUUCUUCUUCAUUUCUCCAUGUUACUCCUAUCAUAUUUCCCUCUGCGUCGUCUACUGCAAUGAAGAAGCAAGCUGGUUUUCAACAUCUGAUGCUUUAUUUUAUUUUAUUUUCGUUAUGCUCUAUCUAAGACUUGACUUGGGCCCGGUGCAAACGCAAAGAAAGAAAUAUUUUUUUACAACGAAAAGACACCAUAUUCAUCCAUCCUCUUCCUUCCCUCUCUAGCUCAUUUAUAUCUAUCUUCUGCCCUUUGCCUCCUCCUACUUCCCUCGCCCGCGGCUUUCUUAAACCCUAGGCUGUGCUGCAAGUUUCAAAUUCCAACUUUCUCUCCAUGCCCCCCUUGCUAGCCCGUCCCAUCCCGUCCAACUCCCUGUCUUUAUUUAUUGUGUAUAUAUGUAUGUACAUGUACAUGUACCUAUACUCUCCAGCUCCCUUUUCGUUCCGGCCUUACGAUCAUAUCUCUCCUUUUUUUCUUGUCCCCUGAAUGAUUAUUUUUUAUUUUAUUUUAUUUUAUUAUUAUUAUUAUUAUUAUUAUUAUUUUUUUUUUUUUGCAAGAUCUUUAUGAAUGAAGACUCCAGUUACGCUCACGCGCUCACGCCCCUUUCAACGAGAAUUUCCCUCAGCAUGCCUGCAGCCUGCACUUUGACAAGCUGUUGUCUGUUAUUAUUGCCUUUGUUGAACGCCUUUCUAACCGAACCACCCCCCCCCCCCCCCCCCCCCCCCCCCCAAUUUUCUUAUCUAGCAUCACGACUUCGCCUUUAUGUCUUUUCCCCUGACGUUUUACAUGAUACUUACUAUUUUGUUACAGAAGAAAGGUGUUGUGUUGUUCCGUCUAAGGCUAGCAUAUCUAGUUUCGGAUUUUGAGAAUGGGAAGGAAAGGAAUGAUGGAUGAAUGAAUGAAUGAAUGGAAGCAUCCCGAGGAAUUUGCUUAAAUGAAUUUGACGUGUGGAGGGGUGGGUGGGUGUUAUUAUGUAUGGAUGGGAUGGCCUCUCUCUAUCUACAUUUUUGGUUUUCCGGCGAUGAGCACGGACGGAUGCACUUUAUUUCAUUCAAGAUACUCUCUGUAUUUAUAACAUGGUUGACGCAGGGGCGUAAAGGUAUAUAUAUAGUUGUGAAAAACAUCCAUUCAAGGCAUGACCCUUUUGUUCAAUAAUCCCA